UUGAUGUCAAACUUUGGACUAGGAAAAUGGAGAGCCUAGAUCUGUUGAGGAAUUGUUUGGUGUGCAAAUGGGAACUAAAGAGAAGAGACCCCAGACUGCUGCCUUGUCUUCACUCCUUUUGUAAGGACUGUCUUCCAGAUUUGAUUCAAGGAUACAAUUACACUCCAACUGAGCAUGAAGUUAUGUAUGAAGGUAUCCUCUCAUGCCCUGUGUGCAAACAGACGUGCUUCGCAGGGGAUGUAGUUGAAAAUUUCUUUCUCAAGGACUUUCCCACAGCAAAUCCAGCUAUGGCAAGGAGCUGUUCUGCGUGUAAAGAGAAGAGACCUGCUCACAGUCUGUGUACUAACUGCAAUAAGUGGCUGUGCAGCUCAUGUACAGAGGAACACAGACAUGGCAAGGAAACUGGAGACCAUUUCCUGUCUGUCCCCCUGAAGGGCUCUUCAGGAACUGAAGGGGGAACAAAUGAGUUUUCCUUGUUUUGUCCAAUCCACUGUCAAGAGAGCCUUAAACUGUUUUGUGAGACCUGUGAUGUCCUUACUUGCCGCAACUGCCUUCUGACCGAACACAAGGAACACAGGUUCAUGCAUCUUGAAGAGGCUUUGCAAAAUCAGAGGGUUAUCCUAGAAAAUGUAACAGCCAAAGUGGAAGAGAGAAAAACUGGGAUGCAGGUCUCAGCUAAACAGAUUGAAGACAGGUUAUUUGAAGUAAAACAUUUGCACAGAAAGGUGGAAAAUCAGAUCAAAAUGGCCAAGAUGGUUUUGCUGAAUGAAAUCAAUAAACGAACAAAUGCCCUUCUAGAGCAACUUGAAAGAAUUACCACCGAGAGGAAACAGAAGUUGGAGCAGCAACUUCAAGGCAUCAUGGUUUUAAACAGGCAGUUUGAACACGUGCAGAACUUUAUCAACUGGGCAGUGUGCAGUAAAAACAGCAUUCCAUUCCUCUUCAGUAAGGAACUGAUUGUGUUUCAGAUACAGCAUUUGCUGGAGACAAAUUGUAGCACAGAAGUAGGCCCUCCUUGGAAGAUCAGAUUCACUUGGGACCCUUCUUUCUGGACUAAACAACUGUCCAAUUUAGGUAGCUUAACAAUGGAAGGUGGACACACUCCUCAUUCAGAUGUCCCAACCUAUGGAAAUAUACAAGGACUACAGACAUCAAUGUAUCAUGGACAACAUUCGCCAGCGCCACAGCUUGAGGCUAUCAAUAAUCAGUCACAUCAGUUUCCACCUCCUGUUCAGUCUCCUACACCAGUGUGUUGCUCCCAUUGCUUCAACAUUCCUCACAUGAAUAAGGGUCAGCGUCCUCAGCACCAUAUGAGCCAUCAUCAGAAUUUUAGACAACCUCUUGAAAUGCAGCCGCAGCCGCCACUGCAUUUUCCACUGCAAUACAACGUUCAGCAGCAUGAAAAAGAGCAGAGGGGCACACCUCAGCCUUUGAAAAUAAUGCAGCCUUGCCUAGAGCAGCCAUCCCAUUCAGAGCAGGAUAAUGUAUCUGUAAGGAUGGGAAAACAUUUGCAAGCUCAGCAGCCACAGCAGACUCCACAUCCAGUUUACACGGUUCCCCCACAAGAUAUUCAUCAGGUUCACUCUGGUCAUGUGCAACAAUUGCACACACAGCCUGCUUUGCAAACUCCAACUGUGCAAGUACAGCUUGGUCAUCUUCAGAAGCUGAAGCUUAACCACAUGCAGCAGCAGCAACCACAUCCACCGCCUCCCACGACAAGUCAGAAUGAAAACGCUCAUGAACAAGUCAUACAACAGAGUCUGGACAUAAUGCACCACCAGUUUGAACUGGAAGAAAUGAAAAAGGAUUUGGAGCUUCUCCUUCAGGCUCAAGGACAACCAAGCUUGCAGCUGAAUCAAGCCAAACAGCCUCAGCAUGUUCAGCAAACCAUUGUUGGACAGAUAAACUACAUAGUGAGGCAACCAGCCCCAGUUCAACAGCAAAUCCAAGAUGAAGUGCAACAAGUUUGUGAGGAUUCUGCUGAACUAGAAAGCGAAAAGCCGGUGCUUCCUCUUGAUAGAAAUGUUAUUCCACCUCCGUCACAACCAUUAGCUGAAGAAACCAGCAGUCCCUCCCCAGAGAGCACUUUGCAACACCCCUCUUUGAAUCCAGUGAGGAAGCAUUCGGCUUCACUGAACAUUGUGGGCUUUUCAAAUCCUUUAGAAAUGGAACCGUCUUCUACAAGGUUAUCUAGGUCGGUUGAUCCACAGAUGCAAGGUGUAUCUACUGUAACGCUUAACCAAUCCCAGAACAUGCUUCAUGCCUCUGAUGUUCAGCCAGAAUCAGUGCCUAGCUAUAGCUUGGCAUCAGACAGUGCUACAAAUGACCUGAACCCUUGGACAACUGAUAACCUAGCAACAGGUGAUUUACUCCUGGGGAACACUAAGUGCAAGCUGGAAAAUGAAGAUUUUAGUACCAUGAAUGACCCCCUUGGAAAUGACUCAGCCACUGCUGGACCGAACACCAUUAAUGAAUUAGCUCUUACUAUGCAAAAAAUGCUAGAAGAGCCUAUUAAUCUUUCAGUCAAGAAAUCACAACAGUGUGCCUCUCCUUCUGCACCCAUCAGCAGUGCUGCUUGCCUGCAGGUGACCAGUGUAAAACAACUUAGAAAUGAUGAAGAGUCCAGUAAUUAUGAAAAGGAACAUAUUGAGAUGGAUGUAAAAAGUAAUCAGAACAUCAGAGCUUAUACUAAAGAGCUGAAGAUCCCCUAUGUGCGAUUGGAACGCCUGAAAAUAUGUGCAUCAGAAUCUGGGGAGCUUCCAGUGUUCAAACUGCAGCCCCAGAAGGAUGACCAAGAUGAGACUUUCCUUCUGAUAAUUGAAUGCGGUACCCAGUCUUCAAGUAUGGCUAUAAAAGUCAAUCAAGAUAGUCCACCUGAAGGACCGAUUCCCACAUAUGAAGAUAGGAAGUUCCCCAUCAGCCACCCAGCAGGACAGGAACCAUCUGCUUUUGUAGAUAUCCCUCCUGUUGAUCACAGGCUUAGCAAUGGGAAUGGCAUCCCCAGCAUGAAAAAAUCUCUGCUCGCUCAGGAAGCCAAUCCAAUUGAGAAUGAGGAUUUCUGUGCCGUUUGUCUGAAUGGAGGAGAACUGUUGUGUUGUGAUCACUGCCCCAAAGUGUUCCAUCUCUCAUGCCAUGUUCCAGCUCUGCUCAGCUUCCCAGUGGGAGAAUGGGUGUGUACACUCUGCCGUAACCUGUUGAAGCCCGAGGUAGAGUACGACUGCGAAAACACACGCCACAGCCGUUGUAACAAAGGGGAUAGAGCACUGCAUGGCCUUGAUGACCUUGACCAGAAGAAAUGUGAAAAGUUGGUGCUUGCCCUGUUCUGCAGUAGCCUGAGCCUUCCAUUCCAUGAGCCUGUCAGUCCACUGGCUCGUCAUUAUUACCAGAUAAUCAAAAGGCCCAUGGACCUGUCAAUCAUGCGGAAAAAACUCCAAAAGAAGGACAAAUCACACUAUUCUGCACCAGAGGAGCUGGUAGCUGAUGUGCGUCUCAUGUUCUGGAACUGUGCAAAGUUCAAUUAUCCAGAUUCAGAGGUUGCAGAGGCUGGACGAUGCCUGGAAGUGUUCUUUGAGGGCAAGCUGAAGGACAUUUAUCCAGACAAGCAUUUUCCUUUGAUGCAACAAGAAGACUCUGAUUCUGAAGAGGUGGAGAGGGAGAAUAGCCAAAUGGCCCCCAAAGGGUUCCCAUGGCCAUCCUAUGGACAGGAGUGCAUUCAGCCUAAAAGGAGGCGGCGCCAUGCUGAAAGUGAAAAAACUAAAAGAACGAUGUUUCAGCCUGCUAACAGCCUGCCUCAGGUGUGACCUGCCAGAGUGCUACUGGAUUUUCUAUGAGGAACCAAACACCUAGCAAAAUAACUGACAGAGUUAAGGUGUGUGGGAGGAAAACAAAGAAAACAUUUGGGUUGUUAAACUAAAACAUUUAUCAUCUGCUGACCACCAGCCUUACUCAAAGACUUGGGCGGAUGAUUAAGCGAUCUGAGCAUUUUUAAUCUACCCAGUACUCUGCCUAUCUAAUCGCUUGUAUGUUUGCAGCAUUUACACUGAAGUACUAAUGUUAUGGUGACAUAUAAUGAUGAUUAAUAAUAAAAGUAGGAUGUUAAUAAUCUAUAAUACUUCUGUACAAUUUCAUAAUCUAUUUAAUACAGUCCUUCAUUUUAUAGAGCACAGCUAACCAUGUAAUCUUGCAUCUGCAAUGCAAAUGUUGACCAUGAUGUAUGUUAAUAUGGAGGCUAGUCACCAAAGACCAAAUCCUGCAGUCUUAUUCAGCAAUUUCUUUGGGAACUCUGACUGAGUUAGGCCUGCAGGAUGUAAUUAUCUGGUUAGUUGUUUCUUUUGAAAUGGCGCAUUCUCAUGAAAUCACAAAACAGCACAUGCUAAUAUUCAGGGCUGUGUGUGAACUAUUUCUGAGUGCACAGUGGAUGCUCAGUUUCAAAGAGUCACUGCACUUGUAUCUAACUCAAUGCUUUGUAUAGCACCGGGGAUCCCUUGAGUAUCAAAGGCAGCAAAACCAAAUCCUGUUUUGUCCUUUAAAGUGUGCAGUGGAGUUUGCUGUGUUAAUGACAAAGCAAUUAUAUGGUUAUAGAAGUGUCUAUAAAAUAAAGUGAUAUCAUGUUGUUUUUCUGUUUGGUUACUUCUGGUUAACAACAAUGCCUUAAAAUGGUAUUAGCCAGUGUACACACAGAGCUCACAGGAGAAAUGAAAUUAUCACUGAUUCUUCAUUUUCUCAGAUUGCCCAAACCAUUGGCAAAACAACUUCUAGGGCCAGAUUGUAGCUUCCAAUUUCCCUGACCAAGGUACAACAUGUAAUUGUGUUGGGCAGGCUCUGAAUGGUGGCCUGGAGUCCAAAGGUCACAGGUUGCCUCCCUAGAGGAGAACUAAGCUGAACCAGACCUUACGCUGGCCAGCACAUUGGGUGUGGGGGGGUGUCUCUUCCUCCUCCUUGUGCUCCUGCCCGGCUGUGGAAGGUAGGGCCAUUAUCUGGCCCCGGGAGAGGAGAGCUGUUGCAAAUCCCACACCCUGUUGAUUUCAUUGAGCUAUAAUCUGUUUCCUGAAAAUAAAGAAGAUAUUUUCAGCACAGUUUAUACUGGCUGUUGUCUGGUCACCAUGUAUGUGAUUUUUGAGAACACUCUAAACUAAGACUUUAUGUAUGGAAUAACAAGACUCAAAUGCUAUAUUUUGUUGUCUGUGUUACUUAUUGUUUGCCAUUAACUCAGUAGUGAGAUGGUGUCUUCUCUGCUUUGACAUAAUAAAAUUAUGCACUAUAAAAGACUGCAUGUUAUAAGCUGAAUGAAAGGGAGAGAGAUGAAUCAAGUGACUGGACUGAUAUACAGCAUCAUAUGUCUGUAAGCAAGUCCUGUUUGUACUAGCUGAAACAGCUGAAGAACGUGCCUGUCCUUUUCAUCAAAUUCAUCCUCUUAUAGUUAUAACUGCUGUGGCACAGGGCACUAACUUGCAGGUUUAUGAGUGAUGGGUUGACCACUCUUACCUGUGCUACCUCCAGUAUCGGCUCCUCCCAGCUGGUAAUUAAACCUCCCACCAAAAGGUCUAUCCCUCCAUCAUUACUGCUCCAGUGGGUGAUAGUAUUGUUUAAUGUUCAUAGCGGGUCAUAGAAAUGGAAAAGACUGACAAGUCCAUUGUCCUGCCAACGCAGAGUAGCUUAGAAUUUACUUAAGUUUCUUCGUUCCUGUAAAUUUAUAUUUGUAUGAUUUAAUAUUUGUUUAGUUUUCUAAAAUUUGACUUUUAAUCAAUUGAAGUCUAGGUGCAUUGUUCCUUUUUUAAAUUAGGUCAAGGUCUGUUGUGGAAGUUACUGUAAAUUUCAGGAGUGGAACUGGCAGGUUAUAGGUCUGAGAUCCAAGCACUUUUCUAAUGAGUUUGUUUAGUUCACUGGGUGUAAGGUCAAGUGCUUUGGUCCUAGUGCUUUCACUUGGAUAACAGACACAACAACUGUUUAAACUAUAGGUUUCAGACAUAAUGUCAUUCAGACCAAAAGCUGAACUUAACAGCAUGACAAUGCACCUUUUAGAUCUCAUGUGACUUGGAAACAUCUUUAAGCCUUGGUCCAGGGGUCACCACCACCAUAGUGCAUAAUGUGUGGUGAGACCAGCAUCUUCUAUCACAGCAGCUUCCUUCAAAUUGUUGUCUCUACAGUCUACCCUUUUGGGCAUGGUUAAAGAGGGGCACCACAUCUCUAGAGCUCAUGUCUACUCUAGAAAUUCUUCAGGAAAAAUCAAAAACACAGUGGCACCAAGAAUGGAGGAUAUGAAAGCAAGAAGCUCUUGUUUUUGCCAUCAGAAUAGCUAUAUCCAUUUAACUCAAACACAAAUGUUGGGUUAUGUUGUUUAAAGGUUUCUUUUUCUUCUGACUAUCUCACAGCCAAUCCCAAAGUCUAGAAGAUCUGAGGGGGAAAACCCCUCCAAGUAUUAACUGCAUGCUAUUGAAAAUAAGUGUGACCCAAAUUGUGUCCCGGAAACAUCCAAGAAAUCCCAGUGGGUUCAUACUAAUGUAACAGGGGUCAGAAUUUCUCCCUUUGCCUUCAGCACUAGGUUACAUAUGGAGUGGAAAAAUUCUCUUCAUGCUUAAGCAAUUUAAAAACAGGUUAAUUACAUUUAAGUAAUAGGUCUGCUGAAGAGAAGAUUCCUACCAUUUGAACUUCCCCUAACUUGUAGUUUCAGAUUAGAUUAGAACAGCAUGAAUGACAAUAAAGUUAAUAAAAGCUGGUUGUUUAAGAUUGAUUG